GGCUGGAUUUCGUUGCAGUGCAGUCUCCUUCAGCUCGCCCUCCAACCGGUGACGCCUACCUCUCCCGUGCGGUGUGAGGAACAUCUGUAAUAAAGUCACUUUAGUUCACCACUAGCCUCAUCCCCAACCGAUAUAAUGGCUGUGCCUCCCUGUUAUGCUGACUUGGGCAAGUCUGCCAAGGACAUCUUCAACAAAGGCUAUGGAUUUGGCUUGGUGAAGCUUGAUGUCAAGACAAAGUCUGCAAGUGGAGUGGAAUUUAAAACAUCCGGUUCCUCCAACACUGAUACCAGCAAAGUGGCUGGCACCCUGGAAACUAAGUACAAGAGGGCAGAGUAUGGCUUGACCUUCACUGAGAAGUGGAACACUGACAACACCUUGGGAACAGAAAUCACAAUUGAAGACCAGAUUGCCAAGGGACUGAAGUUGACUUUUGAUACAACCUUCUCACCUAACACUGGUAAGAAGAGCGGCAAAGUCAAGACCGCCUACAAGCGCGAGUAUGUUAACUUGGGCUGUGACGUCGACUUUGACUUUGCUGGGCCCACCAUCCACGGAGCUGCUGUUGUUGGCUACGAGGGGUGGCUGGCCGGUUACCAAAUGACCUUUGACACUGCCAAAUCCAAGAUGAGUCAGAACAACUUUGCCAUCGGUUACAAGACAGGAGACUUCCAGCUGCAUACCAAUGUCAAUGACGGAUCUGAGUUCGGCGGCUCAAUCUACCAGAAAGUGAGCGACAAGCUGGAGACAGCAGUCAACCUGGCAUGGACCGCUGGAAGCAACAGCACACGCUUCGGUAUUGCAGCCAAAUACCAACUGGACACUGAUGCCUCCCUCACUGCUAAAGUGAACAACAAUAGCCUUGUUGGUGUUGGCUACACCCAGACUCUCAGACCAGGUGUGAAACUCACCCUGUCUGCUCUGGUCGAUGGAAAGAACAUCAAUGCCGGAGGACACAAGCUGGGUCUGGGCUUGGAACUGGAGGCCUAAGCUUUCCUUUAUGCUGAAAGGGACUUGGGAAUAUCAGAAGAAUCUGGCCUUAAAUGUAUUUCCAACUCAAACCAGCAAGGGAUAUCAAGGAGAGAUUGGUUCAAAGGCUACGACAACAAACUCUGUCAUGAGUACCAUUAACAGUUGGUGCUUCUGUCAUUGGUACAUGUACCUUUUUUGCUUUUUACUUUGUAGUUGCAUUCUUUCAACUGACAGUUGGUGGCAUAUUAUUUAUGAAUCAUGUCAUUGUUUCUGUCCAGCACUGCCAUGAAAUCUAAUACAGUACCUUUGCCCGUCAUCAGCUCUGUGUGGCUUUAUUGUGGUAAUCCCAGACACUCAGUUUCUGUGAAAACAUCUGAUGGGUUUUGUGGAGGCAGCGUAGUCAUACUUUCUCUCUGAUUUUACAAUCAUGACCGUCUGAUAUUCCUUUGUCAUCUAAACAGUUUUUAUUAGCAAACAUGUUAAAACACACUAGACUUUUUGUGCUUUUAUUUAAGUACUUCUGUACCCUUCUGUUCAUGCACACAAGGACAAACUAAAGCUCUGUAGAUUUUUGUUUCGCGUCGGCCGGCAGGGUUUACACUGCUCUGGUACUGCUGACCUUCCCUUAAACUGGGCAGUUUUUGGGUUGCUUCAGGUCCAGUCUAAGUUUGAGAGAAACCUGUUUUCUUGGCCGACCGAGCAGAACUACUUUGUUUCUUCUGUUCUAACAGACAAAUGGGGGCACAUAAUUUUUCACAAGUAAUGCCAAAUGAUCAUUGUCCGGAAGAGGUGUGAUUGCAAGUUGCAUAUGUGCUCUCUUGGAAGUGUCACUGUACUGGGCACAGUCAGAGCCCACAUGAAGUCUUGGAGGUCCUUCUGUGUAUGUAUAAAUUUUCAAUAAAGUCUUUGAACUCCACAAA